AUGAUAGAUUUAGUCACAUUAUUACAAUAUUUAAUAAUUUUAUACCAACUUUCGCUAUUAUUGGGAUUUAUUGCAUUAUUUACUGCCAAAUAUUUCCUGCCGAAAUUUUUACAAUAUGGAAAAACGUUACAACCAAUUCCAUCAAAAAAAAAACAAGAAUUAUCUUUAUUAGAACGUAUAUCUAAUUUCACAGUUCGUAAAUCAUAUUUUGCUCAUUUUUACAUCAUUUCAGCAGGUUUUUCCUUUAUUAAUAUAACUGUUUUCCCCACAUAUUCAAUAACAUGGUUAAUUUUAUUUCAUUCAGUCCGUAGACUGUAUGAAACACUUUAUAUCUCGAAAUAUACUAAAGAUUCAAGAAUGAACUGGUCACAUUAUGCAGUCGGGAUUUGGUUUUAUACAACUUUAAAUCUUUUAACUUUCCAUCAAUUAUAUACUCAGAGAAUUGUACCUCAUACCAUCAAUAUAUUUGCAUUUUUAGUUUUUUCACUAGCAUCAUGGGACCAAUAUGAAAACCAUCAAACAUUAUCAAGAUUAGUAAAAUAUUCUUUACCAAGGGGUAGAUUAUUUAAGAUAGUAGCAUGCCCACAUUAUCUCGAUGAAAUUUUAAUAUAUUUAUCGUUACUGUCAUUUAGCAUGAUUUUUAUUUAUCCAUUACUCUGGGUUAUUGUUAGUCUUUCAAUAUCAGGAAUUGAGACUAAAAACUAUUAUAGAUCAAAAUUCAAACCAGAAAAGACUCAGAAAUAUGCAAUUUUACCUUAUAUCUUAUAG